AUGUCAUUCGCAUCGUCGUCUGACGGUAGCGAACGUUUGUCAGAUUCGCCGUACAACCGCAGCCCAUUGGUCGCGAGCAGCCCGCUCGACGGAAGCAGAGCCACUGUCGGCCGCCGUCCAACUUGGGCUUCGAGAUCGCCCGACGCGCACAAAGACAGAUACUUGCAACAGUCUGCUGGACUGCAUCGACUCGGACACGCAUUCGAUCGGGACGAAGAGUCGACCUCCGAGCUUACCGCUUUGACAAGUCUGGCCUGCUUAGUAGCCGAGCCAAGCGUCAUCCGCUCAGACAGCUUGCCGAUCUCUGACUUUCCUCUGCAACAACCCGGCAAACCGCGGAUUCUUCCAUCGCAGCAAGCGCUGGUCCUUUCUCGCUCGCCUUCUCCGCUACCAGCUCAAGUGGCAUCCAAACAAGAGAUUGUCGAUUGGGUGGAAGAGACCGAAACACAACAGUACCGAAGGGCGCUCACACGCAGAUCACUAGCAUCCUCAUCUGCCCAUCGCGCAGAGCCCUCACCCUUGACCAGACCUCUCAACAUGGCCGCGAGCUUCAUCAACACCACAGAACCUCGGACUUUGAAUGCGGCCAGCGUGCAAGAUUACUCUCGCAACCAUGAUCGCGAAGCAUCGAGAACUCCGUCGGCAGGGCGCAGCGGAGCGUCUAG